GAAGAGAGCGUCGUCAGGUCAGGAAGUCCCCCGGAUUCGAGUAACGAAUCCGCGAAAGCUAUUGCGCUCACUGUGUCUGUGACCGUGGACGAAGUGCGAGCAGCAGCGACGCGUAUGGCGUAGAUAAUCCCCGAGGUAUAACCCACACACGUUCUCACACACACGUUCCGUUUUUGUCGGAAACCAAACCAAACACUUCGCGUGUCCGUUUUUUCUCGCUCAAAGUGAAACGCGUAUAUAUUAUCACGCGCUACACACACACAUAUCUCUCUCUCUAUCUCUCUCUCUCGUAGCUUCCGUGUGUUUGUUCGCCCCGCGUUGUUACAUACGAGUAACAAACGUGCACCGAACCUUGAUAAAAAAAAAAAAAAAAAAAAGAAAUUUCUUCACUCUCGUCCCGGGAAAGGGAUUUCGGGGAAGAGUGUGCGAAACGUUCGCGAGAGAGAAGAGAGAAGAAGGAAGGAGAGACACAGAAGAGAGACAACUCGAGAGGAAACCCGAGGAAAAUCAGGUGUCGUCAGGAUGAGCGUUGACGCGUACGGGCCGAGUAGCCAGACCCUCACGUUUCUCGACACCGAGGAAACCGAUCUGAUCGGCGCGGACACCCAGGGCAGCGAGUUCGACUUCACCGAUUUCACGUUACCCUCGCCGAGUCAGACCCAGGCUUCGCAACACGACGCGACCCAAACGCAAUCCAGCCAGCCCGUUCAGAUAAAUGGAACCAAUGGUAGUUCAUCGGUAGUUUCGGCAGCGGCCCAGAGUCUUGCUGAGUUGCAAUUCGAAGAGGAAGAAGAGGAAGCUUACUACAAUCGCGAGUUGCCCGAACAUGCUUGUAAAUAUUGCGGCAUCCACGAGGCGUCCUGCGUGGUUAUGUGUAACGUCUGUCGCAAAUGGUUUUGCAACGGACGUGGAAAUACAUCAGGAUCGCACAUUAUCAAUCAUCUUGUUCGAGCCAAGCAUAAGGAAGUCACUUUACACAAAGAUGGUGCUCUUGGAGAAACUAUUUUGGAAUGUUAUUCCUGCGCCACGAGAAAUGUUUUUUUAUUGGGUUUUAUUCCUGCUAAAGCCGAUUCGGUUGUUGUGCUGCUUUGUCGCCAACCAUGUGCAGCACAGAGUUCCUUAAAAGAUAUGAAUUGGGAUCAAGAGCAGUGGAAACCUCUGAUCGACGAUCGAUGCUUUUUGACUUGGUUAGUUAAGAUUCCAUCCGAUCAAGAACAGUUGAGAGCCAGACAGAUGUCUGCGCAGCAAAUUAACAAAUUGGAAGAAUUGUGGCGAGACAACGUUGAGGCCACUUUCCAAGAUCUCGAGAAACCUGGAGUGGACGAGGAACCGCAGCAGGUUCUGUUGCGCUACGAAGAUGGAUAUCAGUAUCAGAAUAUUUUUGGUCCUCUUGUUAAGCUAGAAGCUGAUUACGACAAACGCUUGAAGGAGUCGCAAACUCAAGAAAAUAUCGAGGUACGUUGGGACGUUGGAUUGAAUAAGAAGACCAUCGCUUACUUCAUGCUGGCCAAGACGGACGGGGAUAUGAAACUGAUGCACGGGGAUGAACUGAGACUUCGUUAUCUAGGAGAGCUUCAUAAGCCUUGGUCCGGAAUCGGACACGUGAUUAAAAUUCCCGACAAUUAUGGAGAAGAAGUGGGAAUCGAGUUGAAAAACAAUUCUGGAGCACCGACAGAAUGCACCAGUAACUUUGUUGUUGACUUCAUUUGGAAGAGCACGAGCUUUGACCGUAUGCAAUCUGCAUUACGUAAAUUUGCUGUGGAUGACUCAUCUGUUUCGACUUAUAUAUAUCAUAGACUUUUGGGUCACGAUGUGGACGAGGUUUUAUUCCGUUGUCACGUUCCCAAGCACUUCAGCGCACCAAAUCUACCGGAUUUGAACAGAUCGCAGGUAUACGCUGUGAAACAUGCGAUACAACGACCUUUGUCGUUGAUUCAAGGUCCGCCUGGAACGGGCAAAACCGUGACAAGCGCCACUAUCGUCUAUCAAUUGGCGAAACAACAAAGCGGUCCGGUUCUCGUGUGCGCUCCCUCCAAUACAGCUGUCGAUCAAUUAACCGAGAAGAUACACAAGACAAAUUUGAAAGUCGUACGAUUGUGCGCGAAAUCACGCGAGGCCAUUGAUUCGCCAGUUAGUUUCCUCGCGCUGCACAAUCAAAUAAAAAAUAUGGACACGAACACCGAAUUGCAGAAGUUGCAACAACUGAAAGACGAAACGGGCGAAUUGUCGAGCGCGGAUGAGAAACGCUAUCGGCUUUUGAAGAAAACGGCGGAAAAGGAAUUGUUGGAGGCGGCUGAUGUGAUUUGCUGCACGUGCGUAGGCGCUGGUGAUCCCAGACUCCACAGAUUAAAGUUCCACUCCAUACUGAUCGACGAGAGUAUGCAGGCUACCGAACCGGAGUGCAUGGUACCAGUUGUUCUCGGAGCCAAGCAACUGAUUCUUGUCGGGGAUCACUGUCAAUUGGGUCCAGUGGUGAUGUGCAAGAAAGCCGCCAGAGCCGGUCUGUCUCAGUCUCUUUUCGAAAGAUUGGUAGUACUGGGAAUCAGACCUUUCCGCUUGGAAGUACAAUAUCGCAUGCAUCCCGAUCUCUCGAGGUUCCCGUCCAACUUCUUUUACGAAGGCUCUCUGCAGAAUGGCGUUUGCGCCGACGAGAGAAAACUACUCAAGAUCGAUUUUCCCUGGCCGGUACCGGACAAGCCGAUGUUCUUUUAUGUCACCCAAGGCCAAGAAGAGAUAGCCGGAAGCGGCACGUCCUAUUUGAAUCGUACCGAGGCAUCCAACGUGGAGAAAAUAGCAACGCGAUUCUUACGUUGUGGUGUCAAACCGGAGCAGAUCGGAGUGAUAACUCCGUAUGAGGGCCAGCGGGCCUAUCUCGUCCAGUACAUGCAGUAUCAAGGUUCUUUGCAUUCGGCGUUGUAUCAAGAAAUCGAGGUCGCAAGCGUGGAUGCUUUUCAGGGACGUGAGAAGGAUAUCAUAAUAAUGUCCUGCGUAAGAUCCAACGAACAUCAAGGCAUAGGGUUCCUCAACGAUCCUAGAAGAUUAAACGUGGCGCUGACUCGCGCGAAAUACGGUAUCAUCAUUGUAGGCAAUCCCAAGGUGCUUUCGAAGCAGCCGCUCUGGAAUCAUCUGUUAACUUUCUACAAGGAACAAAAAGUGUUGGUCGAAGGACCGUUGAAUAAUUUGAAAGAAUCCAUGAUUCAGUUUGCUAAGCCAAAGAAACUCGUCAACUCGGCGAAUCCAGGCUCGCACUUUAUGUCGACGUCGAUGUACGACGCGCGCGAAGCUCUGAUCCCGGGAUCUGUGUACGAUCGCUCCGGCACGCAAAUGAACGGCACUCAGAACUCCUAUUAUCAAAGGAACAUGUCUGUCGACGUCUUCAGUCGUACUCACGACACCAUUAGCUAUAUUAGUCCAGAGCGGGCACAGGCGGCGAUGAAUAACGUGCCUGUCCCGGUAGGUGUGUUUAUGAACAUGCACCACGUGCCGCCGCGCUUCUUCCAAAUGCGCCAAAAUCAGAGAAAUAGGCGCGGAGCUGCCGCAUCGGCAAGAAACAAGACCGGUCCGCGUAUUGGCAAGCUCAGUCAGACUGAGCAGAACACGCAGCCGUACAGUCAGCCAGGUUUGCAGUUAACUCAGGGAACGACACCGGGCAUGUCACAACCCGGAUUCAGUCUCUCGCAACCUGGUCUCAGCCAAGCUGAACUCUCGCAGGACUCGUUUGCGGUUGGCGAAUUCCAAUCCCAGAUGGAUGGUCUGCUGUCACAGGAUUCCACUUAUCAGGGUGAUCGAAGUGGUUUCUAUCAGUCAGGUCAGUCGCAAGCCGGAGGACAGUUCUCCCAGCCCUACUGAGCCGAGAGAUCCAUGUACGGCUGAGCAACGCAAUUGCCAUGCCAUGAAGGCUCAUUCGACCAAUUCUUUUUCGAGACCAACCACAAUUUACUAACUGCGCAAAACGAGAUAAAACGGCUCGGUAUGAUCGAGUUCGAUAUUAUGCAGUCGUCGUGAGGAAUAGAAAGAGGAGCGAAGGAAGAACGAAGCUAAUUUCGUAAGCUAAUUCGCCGUUAGAGAACUCCACCGUGGAUGGACAAACAAAGAAUCCAUUCUAAUUGACUAAGUAAAGAAUGUGACAAGGACAAAACGGGAAUCGGACAUCGCGCUGGAAGACGACGAACGACUAUUACCAAUCGAGACAUCGCGUUUACCGUAAACAGACCGUUUUAUCGCGGAGAAUUGAGUGACGCUAGUAUUAAAAGCACAAACAGAAAAAAAAUCUAAAAAAAAAAAAAAAAAAAAAAAAAAAAAAAAAAAAAAAAA